GCACCAGCUGGGAUAGAAAGAAGGAAAAAAUGAGGGACGCAUACAGAUAGAUGGAGGAUUGUAAAGAGUAAACAGUCGUGAGUCGAGUCUUCACUUGUUACCCGAUACCACCCCAGGGAGAAAACAACUCUAAGUGGUGUUAACACCUUCUUAAAUUAGGAAAAAGUGGUGAAAAAAAAUGUUGGGAAUUUUGUGGGUGUCCAGUUGCUAGGGUAAACAGCUGUUAGACCCAACACUCUCCAGCCCUAGUUUUACUCUCAAUUAAAAGCAGCAGGUUUUGCAAUUCAGGCUGAAUUUUUCUGUGUUGGUAUAUAGAGCUGAGCUGGCUUGCAUACUCAGCAGUUCGCCUCUGACUGCCGUACAGCUAGGGUGAGAGUCGGGAGGGGGAGAAGAGCUGAGGGGGAACCGAGGAGCCAACUCCAGGUGAGAUAACGACAGGUGAACCACAGCGACUCACAAUGAAGACAGGUGUCAGCGGUGUUCACUCCGGUGUGGUAGUGCUGGUGACGGUGUUCAUACUAAAGGCGCAUGGAAUGGCAGCACGGCAGCAGCGGGCAUCCACAAAGACUCCUAACUGUGAAUAUGUCUUUGUGGUUAAUGAGUUUGACACUUCCAAGUGCCCUGCUCUGGGUAACCAAGCCUACCAAGCGGACUCCUACCCAGCGUCACAUAACGGACAAAUGCCAAGGGUAGCACACGGGGCUAGAGGAAAGAAUAUCGACAACCUGUCAUCGAAAAUGCGUGACAUGGAGUCACGGCUUUUUGAUGAGAUGGUGAAAAACCGAGAAUUAAAUUCAACCCUCUCGCGACACGAACACAUGUUAAAACAUGCGAUAGAUCUGCUCCAUGCCUAUAAGUCGAACUUCUCGAGUAUAUUCCGCACAAUGAUGUACAUGGAGACAAAACUGAAACAUCAACGCAGCAUGAGCAGAAGUCUCAAUCACAAACUGUCCAACGUCAUUCUAGACGUGGUGGAGGUGAACAAUGUGCUUACCAAGAAAGUUCCAACCGCAGACAGAACGGUCCAGGAUAAAGCCAUAUCAGUGGAAAGUGUGGCAAGUGUCCGGUCCUGUCCAGGAAUAACUGACCAGUCAAAAGUUUACAAAGAUUGUGCCACAGUGUAUGCUCAGGGUAUCAAGAAGAGUGGAGUGUACUACAUCAAACCCACCUGUGCGGCAUGUCCGGUUCCAGUCUGGUGCGAUAUGGACACGCCCCCUGGUGGCUGGUUGGUCAUACAGCGCCGCAAAGAUGGCAGCACUUCCUUCAACCGCAACUGGCAGCAGUACAAGCAGGGCUUUGGAGAUGUUUCUCAGGAACACUGGAUGGGCAAUGACAACAUCUUUCUCAUCUCCAACCAAGACCAUUACGAACUCCGAGUUGAUUUGUGGGACUUUGAAGGGAACCGUGUGUACGCCAUCUAUCGCACUUUCAAAAUUGAUGGUGAGAGGGACAAGUAUCGGCUGCACAUUCACAAUCAUGCUGGCAGCGUGAAAGACAGUCUGUACCGCCAUAAUCGAAUGAUGUUCAGCACAUAUGAUCAGGACAAUGACGCCCGUCAUGAAGCUCACUGUGCCCGGGAGUGGGAGGGGGGAUGGUGGUACAAUAACUGUUGGUUUGCCCUUCUUAACGGACCACACCAUAAUCGGUCCAAUGUGCCGUGGAGGGGUAUGGCUUGGAACCACUGGAAACGGGAACAACUAGCUCGGUCUGAGAUGAAGAUUCGCCCUGCAGAUUGAGCUGAUAUAUGGGUCAAGGUCAAGGUCAUUCUUUGCUUGCACAUACUGUGAUGAUCUGCCCUACAGACUGAGUUGACCUUUGACUCAAAGUUGCUCUCAUCCUUUACUGACUUGGACCGAGAUGAAGAUCUGCCUUACAGAAUGAGCUGACCUCUGCCUUAAAGGUCACUGUCAUCUUUUGCUCGCUUGGUCUGAGGUGAAGACUCAACCAAUAUUGGGUUGACCUUCAGCUGAAGGUCACUGUCAUCCUUUUCAUCACUCUGGAGUUUAGAUUUCACUCCAUCAAGACUGUGAUCUCUAUGGCCUGACAUUUGGAUAGAUCAUCUCUGACAUGGAACUGGAACUGACUUAUCCUCUUCUGGAAUCAAACAGACUACAGACUUGUUCAAACAAAAAUAUGGAUAUCACUACUGAAACUAAACACUCAGGUUUGUUGAUUUUCUAAACCUACAAACACUAUGACUGUCUACACCAUGACAAACUACUUCAAAACCAGCAACAACUAAGACUUUAUAGACAUGAGUCAAACAAGAACCGUAUCAGAGUAACAUUGACUCAACCUUUCUCAUGUGGUAUUACCCAAUUCAUGGCUGCUGUGUCUGGUUGUGUCAACUCUUGGAGAAGCAGUAAACCAUUCACAACCCAA